UCUCAAUUCCUCCUCAUCCCUCCGUCCCCGCUCGCCUUCCUUCCGCCCCCUUCUUUCCCUCCUCUUCCCUCUCCCACGCGCUACACCCUCCCAUGCUCUCCAUGGCCGCCGCUGCCGCUGCCGACGACGACCACCACCGCCACCGCCACCGCCUCGCCAACCCCACCUCACCCCCAUCAGGCCCUCCCGCUCCCGCGCCACCCCCUCCCCAGCCACACCCGCACCGCAGGAGGCUCCACAGCUUCUCCUUCCCAACCCUCAGCUGGGGCACGCACCGCCUCCUCCGCUGCGCCAACAACCCCGCCUCCUCGCCCCCGCCCCCGCCCGCCGCCCCGGACACCCCGUCCCCGGACAACGAGAAACCCCGCCCUCCCGCCGACGGCGCCGCCGCCGCGCCCCAGCAGCGGCCCUGGAACCUCCGCACCCGCCGCUCCGCCACCGUCGCCCCGCGCGCCUUCGGACCCUCCCACGACGCGCCCGACGCUCCCGCCGCGGCGCCGGACCCCGCGCGCCGUCCGGAGACCAGCAGCAAGCGCGGGUUCUCCGUCGUCCUCUCCAAGGACGAGAUCGCCGACGACUUCGCGCUCUUCCGCGGCACGCGCCCCCCGCGCCGCCCCAAGAAGCGCCCUCGCACCCUGCAGCGCCAGAUUGACUCGAUGUGCCCUGGAUUCUGCCUCGCGGACGUGACGCCGGACACGUACAAGAUCGAGGAGAGGUAACUGCUAAUGUGGUGGAGAUUCACGUCAUCGUCAAUUAGGAGGGGAUUCAGAUGUGCAGGGCUCUUUUCGUUUUCCGGUGAUCCGACCGUGUUUCGUUUCGUCCGUGAUGGGUAAAAAUGUCGGUUUCAUAGCUCGUUAGUCUGUUAUGGUGGAUGCUCUAGAGCAAGUCCAGUGUAGUAUCUCUUCUGAUCAUGUGUUGGGAUGUAGUUGGUGAGUAGCUAAAGUUAAGGAAUUUAGGUAUUGGGCUUGUAGAGAUUGCUAAUUGUAUGCAGCUUGUGAUCCUUAGGUGGUGGGGUGAAAUCGUCCUCCUAUGUACAUGGGUAUUAAUCUAUCAGGGUUUUCUGUAUGAAAAUUUGGAAAAAAAAACAGUUCAGUUCUGCUUC